CGCGUGCGCGGUGGCGCUGGCCGCCGCCGGGCUCUGCGGAGCGCUGCGGGCAGGGACGGAGAGGUGGGGGGCGGCCGCCGGGAGCUUUCCGUCAGCGCCCGGCGUGGAUGGGCGCCGCGGCUCGGUGCUGCGCUGUCCGGCCCCGAUGAAUCCUCGCCGGAGCAAAGCGCUGGCUGCCCGGCCUCGGCAGCGAGGAUGUGGUGAGGGAAUGGGGCUGUCUCCCGCGGGGGCUCGCCAUGGCCAGGGAGGACUCGGUGAGGUGCCUGCGCUGCCUGCUCUACGCCCUCAACCUCCUCUUCUGGUUGAUGUCCAUCAGUGUAUUAGGUGUUUCUGCUUGGAUCAGAGACUACCUGAAUAAUGUUCUCACUUUAACUGCAGAAACAAGGGUGGAGGAGGCUGUCAUUUUAACUUACUUUCCUGUGGUCCAUCCAGUCAUGAUUGCAGUCUGCUGUUUCCUUAUCUUAGUUGGAAUGUUGGGCUACUGUGGAACAGUGAAAAGAAAUCUGUUGCUCCUUGUCUGGUACUUUGGAAGCUUGCUUGUAAUAUUCUGUGUUGAACUGGCCUGUGGUGUUUGGACAUAUGAGCAGGAAAUAACGGCUCCAGUACAGUGGUCUGAUAUGAUCACUCUGAAAGCCAGGAUGACCAACUAUGGCCUACCUAGGUACCAGUGGCUGACACACGCUUGGAAUUUCUUUCAGAGGGAGUUUAAAUGUUGUGGGGUGGUGUACUUCACAGACUGGCUGGAAAUGACAGAGAUGGACUGGCCGCCUGACUCCUGUUGUGUCAGAGAGUUCCCAGGAUGCUCUAAGCAGGCACAUCAUGAGGAUCUCAGUGACCUUUAUCAGGAGGGAUGCGGUAAAAAAAUGUACACUUUUUUGAGGGGGACGAAGCAAUUGCAAGUACUGAGAUUUCUUGGAAUCUCUAUCGGAGUAACACAGAUUCUGGCUAUGAUCCUCACAAUUACUUUACUGUGGGCUCUGUACUAUGACAGAAGAGAUCCUGGGGCAGAUCAAAUAAUGUCUCUGAAGAAUGAUACCUCACAGCAACUGUCAUGCCAUUCUAUGGAGCUACUGAAACCAAGCCUGACAGGAAUCUUUGAACAUACAUCCAUGGCAAACAGCUUUAAUACACACUUUGAAAUGGAAGAAUUGUAGAAUUGUAGGUGAUACAAUUAAUCUAAAAAGUUACCAGGGUUUUAAUUGUUUUUUUUGUUUUAAUUUUUUAUUCUGUUCCAUUAAUUGUACAAAAUAGACCAGUCUUCCUAUGCUUCCAAAACCAUGGUUGAUUAAUGAUUGAUAAAGAGCCCUCUGUAGUAAGACAAAUACGCAAGUGUCUGCCUUUCAGCCUCUUAGAAGAGCCAUGAAACAGAAUUGUUUUUGUUUUCUUGUUGUUGUUGUUGUUUGUUUUCUUUUUAAGGCAUUCAUUCACUGGGCACAGUAACAGUAACUUACUGUUACAAGAUGUGUAAAAUACUGAUUCAUUCACGCAUAGAUAGACAGAACCUCUGAGGAAGCAUCAAGAUAUUUGUCUUCUGAGGAGAUGAUUGUGCUUUGGACAAACAAAAUGUGACAUUACUGAAAUUGACUUUUUGCAUUUUUAAUAAGCCAUUUAGAAAACGUGUUAAAAUAAUCAGGGAUCUAUGUAUAUAUAAUUGUGUGUUCUUGUGUGUGCACGGAUGACGGAAUUAUAAUUCAAGUAAAUACUUGGAUUAAAAAAAUUGCAAGUCUGUAAAAAGGACAAGAUUUUCUUUUUCUAACAAAACCUUUAUCUUAGCUAUUAUUGUCAAAGAUGCUCUAAAGCUUAUAUUUUUAUGUAACUAUGUGACUAAUUUUUAAAUUUAAAUGUGUUAAAGAGGGAUUAAAAGCAAAAAUAUGAUUCUGGACAAUAGACUUUAAUUUUCUGAGUGCUACAGAAUUCUCGUUUAAAACAUUUUGUUCUGUGAACUACUUCUUAGUAAAAAGAAGAAACCUAAGCAUUCUUUCCAAAAUGGGAAUCAAUAUGGAGUAGCAAGUUUUUAUAAAUAAAUCUGUUAUCCUGUCUGUGAUUCCCAUGGAGAUGGAAACAAAAGACUGCAAGGAAAAUGCUUACAAUUCUGGAUGCUAUUGCAAUAAUUGUAAAAGUGCAUAAGGAGAAAUUAUACUUUGGCUUGUACUGCAUUAAGAGAUCUCUAGUGGCUUAAGAUGCCAACUGGAAACAACAUUAAAAUGUAUUUAUUGAGGUGGGGAAAGUGCAUUUUACUGUAUUUUUAUGAACAAUGUUUAUUUCAUAGGAUUAUUUUUACAUUCGGCCACGCUCCUGAAAUAUAUAUUUGUUCCACUGAGUACAGUAGUUUGUGGCAAAUGGGUUUUUACAUACUGCAUUUUAGAAAUACUUGCUUUGUUUUUGAAAUUUGUAAAAGAAAAGGAAAUAUAGGUGUGAUUUGAUAGACAAUAAAACUACUAUUG